AUGGCGAUACAACACUUUUUUCUCCUUGGAGAACCGGCAACAGCUACAAGAGCAAUUGAGAUCGAUUCAAAUUUAGACUUUGACGGACUCAAACACUUGGUUGCGUCUUACUUUGCUAUUGUUAACCCCAGUGGAAUUGGGUUUCAGAGUCAAGAAAAUGCGCUUCAAGAAGUCUCAGACGUCUCCUCUGUUGAGGGUCCUGUAGCUAUUUCUAUUGACGGACAUGCUGUCCGUGAUGUGCCUGGCCCGAAGGGCUUGCCUUACAUCGGAAACUUCCUUGAGAUAUAUCCUGAUCACCUUGGCAACCACCAACGUCUCUUUGAGCGUUAUGGUCCCGUCAUAAAGACUAUCACCAUGGGUCGAACCGUAUACCAGACAAACGACCCGGAUAUUGCUACCAUUGCUUUUGCAGAGUCUGACUUCUUCACGAAGAAGCUUACUGAGGAUCAUCCUCUUUAUGCAUUGAGAACUCCGGCCGCUGGUAUCUUUUUGGGCGACACCGAUACAGAGGAAUGGAGGAUCGCUCAUAAAUUUCUGCCUCCUGCCCUUGGCCCUAAAGCGGUCCGUCACUAUGCACCUACUAUGCAGAAAACAAUCGAAGACGCUAUCAAAGUGUUUGACGAGCUCGAUGAGCAGGGUGAAUCUUGGAAUGCCUAUCAAUACAUGUUAAAGCUUGGUUCACAAGCCGUUGGCAAGCUCACUUUAGGCAUCAACUUUAACCACUUUGCUUCGCCCGAUGCACCGCUGCACGAGAUGACCCUUUUGAUCGCUGAGCUAUUGUCCUUAAAUAAGAAAGUGACGUCUAAAGGCAACUGGUAUAGCAACCUACCUUUUGGCGAUCCACAACGUCUAAAGGAGGUAAAGCGUCGCAUUGAGGAAAUGGUCGAAGAAUCUAUUCAGGCAGCCGCCCGUGGUGGUGUGGAAGACCUCCCACUUCAAGACGCUGCUUUGAAGGCAGCAAACAUGGUUGACUAUGCAAUUCGUGCAACCGACAACAAAGGCGAAAAGCUGCCAAAGUCUAGUCUUGUUUGGGCUCUUAUCGUCGCCACUGCCGCUGGUUUCACAACCACUAGUUCGCUGCUCUCUUGGCUGCUCUAUGGGCUGGUUACCUACCCAGGAAUGCAAGAGAGACUUCUCCAGGAGCUGGUUGACAACGACUUUGAUGAGGAAGCACUACUUACUUCUGACUAUACCGAUCGCUUAGUCUUCCAGGACAAAUAUAUCAAAGAGAUGCAGCGCAAACACAACCCAUCUUUCCAGCCAGGACGCACAGCAAAAACCGAUCUUAUUCUCCCAGGAGGCUAUAAGAUGCCUAAAGACUCUGUCAUAAUACCUGCUUUGCACCAUAUUCACAACAAUCCUCAGAUAUGGAGCGAUCCUGCUAAAUUUGAUCCCGAUAGGUGGGACACAGAGGAGGUAAAGAAUAGGCCCAAGGGAUCAUAUCUGCCAUUCGCUGUGGGCUCACGAAUGUGUAUUGGAUUCAACUUCGCACUGCAGGAGGUCAAAGUCUUCUUGCCAAAGCUGAUUUAUCGAUAUAAAUUUACUCAGGAAGGAGAUACAGCCGUGGAAUAUGACCCGAUGUUCCAGCUAAUCAGACCGAACAACUUGUACCUUCGUGCUGAAAGGCGUGUCAAGUGGCCGCCAAAAUCGAAAGCCACCACUUCUAACGCUUCUUCUUGA